AUGACUGACACUUCAAACAUCAAGCCUGUCGCUGACAUUGCCCUCAUCGGUCUCGCCGUCAUGGGCCAGAACCUGAUCCUCAACAUGGCCGACCACGGCUACGAGGUUGUUGCCUACAACCGAACCACCUCCAAGGUCGACCACUUCCUCGAGAACGAGGCCAAGGGAAAGUCCAUUAUUGGUGCUCACUCUAUCAAGGAGCUGUGUGCUCUGCUGAAGCGACCCCGACGAAUCAUUCUGCUCGUUAAGGCCGGUGCUGCUGUCGAUUCUUUCAUCGAACAGCUCCUGCCCUAUCUCGAUAAGGGUGAUAUCAUCAUUGACGGUGGUAACUCCCACUUCCCCGACUCCAACCGACGAUACGAGGAGCUUAACGAGAAGGGAAUCCUCUUUGUUGGUUCCGGUGUUUCCGGCGGUGAGGAGGGUGCCCGAUACGGUCCCUCCAUCAUGCCCGGUGGAAACAAGGAGGCCUGGCCCCACAUUAAGAAGAUUUUCCAGGACAUCUCUGCUAAGGCUGAUGGUGAGCCCUGCUGUGACUGGGUCGGUGACGCUGGUGCCGGCCACUUUGUCAAGAUGGUUCACAACGGUAUUGAGUAUGGUGACAUGCAGCUUAUCUGCGAGGCUUACGACCUCAUGAAGCGAGGUGCUGGUUUCACCAAUGAGGAGAUUGGAGACGUUUUCGCCAAGUGGAACAACGGUAUCCUCGACUCCUUCCUCAUUGAGAUCACCCGAGACAUCUUCAAGUACGACGACGGCUCUGGAACUCCUCUCGUUGAGAAGAUCUCCGACACUGCUGGCCAGAAGGGUACUGGAAAGUGGACCGCUAUCAACGCUCUUGACCUUGGUAUGCCCGUCACCCUGAUCGGUGAGGCCGUCUUCGCUCGAUGCCUUUCUGCCCUCAAGCAGGAGCGUGUCCGAGCUUCCAAGGUUCUUGAUGGCCCCGAGCCCGUCAAGUUCACUGGUGACAAGAAGGAGUUUGUCGACCAGCUCGAGCAGGCCCUUUACGCCUCCAAGAUCAUCUCUUACGCCCAGGGUUUCAUGCUUAUCCGAGAGGCCGCCAAGACCUACGGCUGGGAGCUCAACAACGCCGGUAUUGCCCUCAUGUGGCGAGGUGGUUGCAUCAUCCGAUCCGUCUUCCUUGCUGACAUCACCAAGGCUUACCGACAGGACCCCAACCUCGAGAACCUGCUGUUCAACGACUUCUUCAAGAACGCCAUCUCCAAGGCCAACCCCUCUUGGCGAGCUACCGUGGCCAAGGCUGUCACCUGGGGUGUUCCCACUCCCGCCUUUGCCUCGGCUCUGGCUUUCUACGACGGUUACCGAUCUGCCAAGCUCCCCGCUAACCUGCUCCAGGCCCAGCGAGACUACUUCGGCGCCCACACCUACCAGCUCCUCGAUGGUGAUGGAAAGUGGAUCCACACCAACUGGACCGGCCGAGGUGGUGAGGUUUCUUCUUCCACUUACGAUGCUUAA